AUGUCCUUUGGAGUUUUACUUAAAUAUUCAGAGGAGAAAAAUAUUGAUAAAGGUCCUUAUUGUUUGCAAGACUUAAUAGUGCGCCUUAGCUUUGAUUCUGUAACAUCUCAAUUGAUCCAUGUGGCUACAGAUGAGAGUGUUAGAAGCGUAGUGCAGCAUAUCAGCUAUACAAGCUCCAAAAACAUUUUCUACGUUGUCGCCGAGGAGUACACGAUAAGUUCACUCUUACAAGAGGCGAAUCCUUACAUCAAAAAAUCUAUAGAUGCUGAGUCGGGGAAAGUAGUAUAUUCUGGCUUUUGCUAUGACAUUUUAGAGGAUCUUGCAAAGGCUCUUAACUUUCGAUACCUUAUUAAAGAUUCAGUUGACGGCUUAUACGGAAAUCCAACUGACGAUUUCUCUGAUGCAACAGGAAUGAUUGGAAUGGUCAUGAGAGAGGAGGCUGACAUAGCUGUAGGGCCUAUCACUAGAACAGCAGAUCGUCUUAAAGUUGUUGAUUUCUUGGCACCAUUCCAGGAGGAAGGAAUAGGCUUUCUGAUGAGGAAAAUUGACAGUCCUCCUCUCGAACAAAUGUUUGAUGUCUUUCGUCCUUUUAGUCUUGUGUGCUGGGCUGCCGUAGUAGUUUCCAUAGUGGUGACAGGCAUAAUUCUUUCAAUCAUUGCCAAACUGAGUCCAUAUGCUGAACACAAAGAGGCAUCGCUUUCUCGAAAUUUGUGGGUGGCAUUAAGCUCCAUUUUAGGGCAAGAGGAUGGUCCUCGACCAAGAUUCCUUCAGGGAUAUAUAAUAUUAGGAUUUUGGUGGAUAUUUAUUACGCUGAUCAUGGCUUUGUACGCCUCUUCCUUGGCGGCAUUUUUAACAGUUUCACUUUCCAAUGCACCUUUAAAGAAUUUAGAGGAGUUGGCUUCACAGACACAUUAUAAACCCCUUGUCUUGCAAGGAACAAGCCUUUUUCAUUUGUUUAAGACUGCAGAAGGAGGACUUCGUAAAAGAAUUUGGGAAAUGAUGUCUGACAUGCCAAAGGUUACAACUAUGGAUGAAGCUUUUACGUUGGUUAAAACUGGAAAAUAUGCUUUUCUAUCUGACUCAUCUGAAAUUCGAUUUGAGCUUCAGGAUAAAUGUGACGAGUUGGAAAUUGCACAAGAAUCAUUUUUAUUGACACAGCUAUCUUUCGUCGUCGGCAAAAAUUUUCCGUUUAAAGAUGCCUUCGACAAUCACAUUAUGAAAAUGGUAGAAUCUGGAGUAAUCACGAAGUUUCGACGCAAGUAUUGGAACCACGCAGAUUGCUAUCAUUCUCGAAUUACCGGAGGAACUGAAUUAAAGUUUGAGAAUAUGGGUGGAAUCUUUAUCGUUUAUCUUGUUUUUAUUUUGCUGUCCCUGAUAUCUAUUGUGACGGAAGUGAUGUAUCUUCGCCGAUCAUGCACGCGUAAAAUAACAAAUGAAAAAUUAGGAAUGAUGGAAGAUGAAAAGGCAAAGGAUUGUGAUGAAGAUACUAUCCUGUAG